ACAAAAAAACAAGUUUAAUUCAGAAAACAAAACGCGAACUGCAAAAACAACCUCCAUUGCCUCUUCGACCCAAAGCCCGCCACCACCAGUUUCCGACGCCGUACGCCGCCAUAACCUUCCAUCUCCUCCCUCCGCCUCACAUCAAUCUAUCACAGGCCGCCGGCGAUUCACAUCCCUCCUUCUCAAUCUCAUAUGAUUUCAACAUCUAAAUUGUAACAAUGAGAAAAAGACGCGACAAUUACAAAGAUGCACCACAAAAUAAACUCCAAACUCCAAAUUUUCCGAAAUCAGAUUCAGAUAAACGAAGCUUCCUUUUCUGCUUAGCAUUUCGAAUGCUAAAUUCAAUGCUAGUGCAGAGUUACUUCAAUCCAGAUGAACAUUGGCAAGGUCCUGAAGUUGCACAUCGAAUCGCAUUCGGAUACGGUCACUUAACAUGGGAAUGGAAACAGGGUAUUCGAAGCUAUCUUCAUCCGUUCCUCUUUGUUCCUCUUUACAAGUUCCUCGCAUUAAUCCAUCUUGAUACCCCUUGGUUUAUGAUGAGGGCUCCAAGGUUACUGCAGUCUGUGUUCUCUGCAGUUGGGGAUUUGUACUUGUACAAACUCUCAGCAGUUCUCUUUGGUCACUCGGUUGCAAAAUGGGCUAUAUUUUCCCAGCUGUCGAAUUGGUUUAUGUUUUAUUGUUUUUCUCGUACACUGUCGAAUAGCUUGGAGACUGUUCUUACGCUGGUGUCUUUAUACUAUUGGCCUUGUAUGAGAACUUAUGUGGUGAAAAGUUCCUACGCUUCUAGGAAGUGGGGUUUAUUUGUGGCAGCAUUAGCUUGUGCUAUUAGGCCGACAAGUGCAGUCACAUGGAUGUAUGUUGGUUUCCUUGAGCUUUUUAAUGCACACGACAGAUUGAAGUUUGUUUUUUUGGAGGUGGCUCCUAUUGGGACCUUGGUACUUGGGCUUACCUGCUUAUUAGAUCGUUUUAUGUAUGGCACUUGGGUUCUAGUACCACUUAAUUUUCUAAAAUUCAAUUUUCUUUCCUCGGGCGGAGACUAUUAUGGAACUCACAAGUGGCAUUGGUACUUCACUCAGGGAUUUACAGUCAUGAUUUUCUCUCAUUUACCAUUUUGUAUAGCUGGUAUCGUUUAUUCCAAACAGUGGAAGUUUUCUGGCCUCCUUGCAUGGGUAUUGGGUUUCUAUAGUAUAUUAGGCCACAAGGAAUUCAGGUUCGUCUUGCCAGUUCUUCCCAUAGCUCUGAUGUUCUCUGGUUAUUCUUUGGCUGUGAUUGAAGAUCCCAGUGCCGGUUCCCUGGAGUAUAAAGGAAAAGGGUUUUCAAAAAAGAAGAACAAAUGUCCUCCCAAGAUGACAGUUGCUAUCUUAUUUUUGCUUGCUACCAAUAUACCAAUGGCUUUGUAUAUGAGUUUGGUUCAUCAGAGAGGACCUGAGGAUGUCAUGAACCACCUUGCUAGAGAAGCUUUUCAAGGGAACAUGAAAAGUAUCCUAUUCUUAACACCUUGCCAUGCUACUCCAUACUACUCUAUGCUGCAUCAAAAUGUGCCGAUGAAGUUUCUUGACUGCACGCCAAGCAGUGAAGAGAAAGGAGUCCUAGAUGAGUCUGACCGUUUCAUGAUGGACCCUGCAUCUUUUAUGUCAAAAUAUGCACAAAAUUGGUCCCUUCCCAGCCACAUUGUUUUGUUUGAUUCAGAAGAGCAAAAGUUGAGAAGCUUUUUAAUUUCAUUUGAUUAUAGAGAGGAAAAAAGAUUUUUUAAUGCUCACUUCAAGGUGGACCGUGAUCUUCAAGCUUCAAUUGUUGUAUAUGUUAAAAAAGAUAGCACCAUCUGAUCUGUGCAGCAAAUGGCAGUAUCGUGACCGUUCAUUGUUGGUUGUUCCUAAUGUUAUCUGUUGUAAUUUGAUGUCUCUAAAAUGACUUUAUGGUGAUUGAUUUUGUAUUGCUUACCAGAAAAUUUUGUCGACAGAUUGUAAAUGAUUCUCUAAUGUAUUUUUAGAUGUUGACAUUUUCUUUUUAAGAAAGAUGGAUGACCCACAUCUCUCA